CACCGGGAGAGUUGAAGAAGCCCGUUGUGGACUGGAGAUGGCUUCCUGUUCCUGACGACUCUCCAGACGAAGCGUCACCUGUCCGACAGGUGACGCUUCGUCUAGAGAGCCGUGAGGAAGCCAUCUACUACCGCACCUCGGUUUACAGAGACAGCAGUUUAAAUAAUGCCGUCCUGUUUCAAGAGUACAGUGGACACGAGCCCGUUUCAAGUGGCGCUUUUUACGUGGCGGAACGCCGCCCGAAGCUCACCGCUGAGUUUAAAUUUGCCCUCACGUCGGAUAACCACGGCCGUAAUUAUGCAGAACUGCGCAAGGUCGCCGUCACGCUUCGCCACACGCCUGCCGAGCCCGUGAACCGCUGGCCCUGGUUUCAAACCCAAUCAUGGGUUUCCGAGGUGGUAAUCGUAUCACCAGAAAUUAUCCGAAAAGCGCAUCAACUUGAAGGAAGAGAACGGGUAAUGGAAAUUUGUGGGGACAAAUGGUAUUGGAACAACAAACACCAGCCGCUACCUCCAGCUGCUGCGGAGUUUAGUAUCCACAUCCCAAGUAGUACUAGAGCUACCUCGUCGGAGGACAAAAGCUAUGAAGUGUACGACUGCUCCUACGAGGAAUAUGGAGGGGUGGUGAAUGAAGAGGCGACAACUUUUUGUAUCCUGACGAAAAACGAGGCCCACUACUGCACCUCAGAGUUGUCAUGGAGAUUCGCAUCUACAGCAAGAUUUGUAAUGCGCAUGAUCCCGCCCAUGAGACACAUUCGUGUUUCGGCAUUUGUGAUGGUGUAAACGUAUAAUAAAUAGGAUCAUAAGCAGAUGGCUCUGUGUUGAAGAUGUGGCUGCCCUUCUUGCGAAUCUGCACCACGCGACAGCUAGUUGUGCUAGAGACUUGUCAUGCGUGACUCCCGAAGUAGCUUCUGGAUUUGUGUUGCAAAAAAAUUCCCAUCUUGACCGUGGGGCGUGGGCCCCGUUUAUUUUCCCUACCAUAAUUGCACCGGUAGAACGCGGAAACGCUCUCUGGACGCCAGAAGGGUGGGAAAAGGUAACGCGCGCGCGCCAGGCGGACCGUGGCUUGGGUGAAAGGCUACGUCGGCGCUUUGUCCGAUGUUGUGGAACAAAACGGGGAAACAAACAAAAAGACAGCUGA